AUGUCGAAGCUCGACGCGCCGGACGUCGGCAAGUCCUACGUCGCGCUCCGGAGCGACGGCAAGGUCGACGACGAGACGGGGCUACCGCUCUCGUACGACAAGGACCUCAUCGAGACGUACUGGCGGUCGCAGGGGUCGGCGCUCCAGGAGCGCUGGGGCGAGUUCCUGCGGCUGAGCGUGCCCUUCCUCCUGCGGGUGGCGACGCUGCUCGUGCAGAACGGCGUCGACGCGCUGGAGGAGAACGGCGCGUCGCUGGCCAAAGACGCGCGCGUCAUCUGCGAGAAGCUCGGCCCGACGUUCAUCAAGCUCGCGCAGACUUUGAGCGUGCGGCCCGACGUGCUGCCGGCGGCGGCCUUGGAGGAGCUCGCCGUGCUCCAGGACUCCGUCGUCCAGUUCCCGACGGAGCUCGCCGUCGAGACGAUCGAGAAGGAGCUCGGCGGGCCGCUCGGCUCCUUCUUCGCGUCCAUCUCCGACGAGCCCGUCGCCGCGGCGUCUUUAGCCCAGGUCUACAAGGCGACGCUCGCCGAGGACGGCUCCGACGUCGCCGUCAAGGUCCAGCGGCCGAAGAUUUUGGAGCAGGUCUCCAAGGACUUGUACGUGCUCCGCCGCGCCGCGGAGGUCUACCAGCGCCUCAUGGACCGCUUCGCGCCCCAGCAGAAGACGAACUACGUCGAGCUCCUGAACGAGUGGGCCGUGGGCUUCUACACGGAGCUCGACUUCCUGAGCGAGGUCGAGAACCAGCUGAGCAUCCGCGACGUUUUGGUGAACCGGAACGACACGGCCGUCGACGGCAUCUACGUGCCCUACGCCGUGGAGCAUCUGUGCACGUCGCGCGUCGCGGUGACGGAGUGGAUCGACGGCGCGAAGCUGUCGACGGCGACGCCGGCGACGAUCAAGGCGCUGACGCCCAUCGCGCAGGAGGCGUUCCUCGUGCAGCUCCUCGAGAGCGGCACGUUCCACGCGGACCCCCACCCGGGGAACCUCUUCCUCAUGGACGACGGGCGCCUGGGGCUGCUGGACUUUGGCCUCGUCGCGCGCGUGCGCCGCGACGACCAGGACACGAUGGUGAGCUCCAUCAUCCACCUGGCGAACAAGGACUUUCCCGCGCUCGUCGACGACUUCAUCGCGCUCGAGGUCCUGCCCAAGGACACGCAGCGCGCGACGGUGAUCCCGCUCAUGGACAAGGCCCUGAGCCCCUACAUCGCCGGCGGCGGCGCGAAGCAGUUCGAGCGCCGCGCCAUGACCCAGGACGCGCUGACGGUGCUCAACGACGUGCCCUUCUCCAUCCCGCCCUACUUCGCGCUCCUGGGGCGGGCCAUCGUGACGCUCGAGGGCAUCGCGCUGUUGGGCGACCCGGACUACGCUUUGAUCCAGGCCGCGUACCCCUUCGUGUCCCGAAAAUUGCUGAGCUCGGACCGGCCGGCGCUCCGCGGGGCGCUGCGGGAGGCGCUCUACGCGGGCCAGGGC